AUGACUAUUGAACUUGGCAAAGCGUCUCAAGAACAAUCUUCAGAUUCACCUGUUUUCAAACAACUACAACUUACCUAUCUCAUUGGAUAUGCACUUGCCGCAGCUGGAAACAAUCUACAAGGAUCCUACCGAUAUGCUCUUCUCGCGUCGUACAACAUUCCACGAUCAACUAUCGAGUCACUCUAUCUCUGUGCACACCUUUCCACCCUGUGUCUUGGCACAAUCACAUCUUCACUUUCUGACAAGUUUGGACGUCGACUAGCAUGUAUUCUCUCUUCAGUCUUCUACACCAUCCAUUGUCUCUCACUCAACUUCAAUAUCCUUUCUGUUCUUGUGUUGGGAAGUAUAUUUCGUGGUAUGGCUCAUUCGCUCUACAAUACUAACUUCGAAUCUUGGCUGUUGCAAGAACACCAUGAUAACGAUCUCGAUACUGAUUCGCUAAAACAUCUGCUGCGAAAUGCAUUUUUAUCCUCGACGUUGGCAGCAGUAGCAGCAGGCAUCGUUGCUGAAAUUUCAGCGGAGUUUCUUGGAUAUGCAGCGCCGUUCGAAGUGGCAGUUGGCAUAUAUCUGGUCAUGAUAUUUUUUCUAAUAUGGCAAUGGAAAGAGAACUAUGGUGAUCGCGAAGCCAAAGUAUCAACAUCAUUCGUAGCUGCUAUCGAAGUCAUUCGUACAGAUACACGAGUACUCUUAGUCGGUCUAAUAACAAGUCUAUUUGAAGCGACGAUUUACAUUUACUCAUUAGAAUGGACACCUGCACUUGAAGAUGCUAAGCUAUGGACAAUAUCUGAUUCUUUACCAUUAGGUUUCAUGUUUUCUAGUUUCAUGGCAUUUAAUAUGAUGGGUGCAUUUUUGUUUAAAGCAUUGGCGAGACGAUUCGAUAUUCAUACAUAUUUGCCGAUGGUAAUGUUAGUGGCUGCUGUGGCAUUGUCCAUUCCAGUGAUUAUUCCGAAUGCGCAAAUACUGGUUUUCAUUGGCUUGUGCAUGUAUGAACUAUGCGUUGGUAUAUAUUUACCAUCCAUAAGUUUGUUGCGAAAUCGAUACCUUCCGGAUUCAGUUCGAUCAACUCUCAUGAACUACUUUCGAAUUCCUCGGUUUGCUUUCAUGUUUGCAAUCAUCAUAUGGCAUCUACGGUUAUCUAUCAUAUUCAUGUGCUGUAUUGUAAUGCUUGUGCUCUCCGGUAUAUUCGUGAUCAUAUUGCGAGGUAUCAAAGAUCACGAAGAUAGAGCACGUCAAAACGAAAGAACAGUAUUGCUGUCUGGUAUACCACCUAUGAAUGUACAACUGAAACGGGUGCAAAUGAGAGGAGAAUUAACGAAUGAGAUGAAUAAUAAUUGA